CAUUUGUUUCUAAAAAAAUGACUUCUCUCCUAAAAUCUCUUAGUAUUCUUGCCCUCGUCGCAUUUGCCAAUGCCGGAAUUCUGAACAGGGUGAAACGUGGAUCAUAUGGUGCUCCAAGCAACUAUUCCCCACCAGAAAGUCAAUAUGGGCACAAUGGAGGUGGUGGCUACGGAAGGCCAAGUGGUUAUGGACAACCUGGAGGUGGGUAUGGUAGACCUCAACAAUAUGGGCAAGGUGGAUACCAGCAAGGAGGAAACUAUCCAAACAGCGGGUUCCAACAGGGAGGAUUUCAAGGCCAGUCUGGCGGAUUCCAAGGGCAAAAUGGAGGAUUCCAAGGUCAAGGUCAAUUCCAGGGAGACCAAUCCGGGUUCGGACAACAAGGAGGAUCACAGACCGGGUUCCAAGCAUCACCUCCAGUUCCAGCUAUGCCGCAACCUGGAGCAGGUAGUUCAAAUGUCGGACCAGACUACUCACCUGUAGGGCAAACUGCGCCAGUUGCUUCUCCAGGAGCCGGUGGAUUGUUUGGUGGUGGAUCAGCUAGUACUGGCUUCGAUGAUCCAGCUUUUGCAGCUGAUGCUAAGCCUGAAAAAUCAACGACCGAUACUAUCACAGAGACGUCGGUUACUGGAUCAAGAAAAUGAAGAUUUAAGUGUUUCUCACUGUGAUAUAUGGACUUUGUACAUACUUUUUAGAAAUAAAAUAUAUUUCUGUGU